AUCACCCGCGGAAGUUUGUACACAAUUCAUUUUCAGAUACUCUUCCAUUUUUUCUCAACUUCUGUCAUGAAACCUCACCAACGAAGACGAAAGACAAAGAAAAUGCAUUUUAAAAGAAUGGAAUGAACGUUGAUGUCAUCAAAGCUGCAUGAACUGCGACAAAGUCCCUGACAGCGAAUUGGAUUUUGCAGCGAAGCGCGAUAUUAUUUAAUUUAUUUAUUGGUCGUCACCUUGUAAAUUAGCGAAGAAGAAAAAAUACCAUUAAGGCGAUUUGAGCUUUAGUUUAGCAGCUGUCAUUUUAUUUUAUCCUGAAUAUAGUGUCGGAAGAGUUUAACAUUGACAGCGGUGUCUUUUGUUGUCAUUAGCAUGCUAAGCUAGCAGCAGCGCGACUGGGAUUCAUAAACCUGGAUUCACAUCAGAUCAAUAUUCGUCCUCUAAAGUCAUCAUUAUAGUGUCAUUAACUGUCAUCUUCACACGGCGAGGGCCUAUAAGACAACAGGUUGAUCAUGCUGGGAGAGUGUGGCAUGAAGGAAUGGGAGAGACUGGCCCUCAGGAGGAACUCUGUCACUCUCUGUAAGGAGAUGGUGGUGGAUGAUCUGCUGGUCCAGUGUCUGCAACAAGAUGAAAUCCUCACAGACAACAUGGCAGAGAGCAUUAUGGCUAAGCCAACAUCCCAGAGCAAGAGUCGGCAUUUGUUGGCUCUUUUGCCCAAACGUGGCCCUCAGGCAUUUAGCAGCUUCUGUACGGCUCUUACAGAGACACAGCAGCAACACCUCUGCAGAAUACUCACGGAGUUCACAGAGAGAGAUAAAGGGGUUUCAGAGCCUUCACUUUCUAUCCCAACUCAAGAAUGUGUGAUACCUGCAAAAAGAGCCCGAACUCAUGAGUCAAUGGAGAUGUGUUUGGAUGCAGACUCCCCCGUGACCUCAGCUGUUCUCCCCUGCACUCCUGAAUUCUACGAGUCCCACAGAUUAAAGGCUUACCCGAUGUGCUCUAGUCCGCGAGGGCUGGCCCUGGUGUUGAGUAACGUGAGGUUUGACUCUGCAAACACUGAUCUGGACAUCCGAAGGGGAGGGGAGGUGGACGAGGAAGUUCUGAGGAGACUCUUCACUGAGUUGGACUUUAAAGUCAGUCUACACAAAGACCUCACAGCAGAGGCAAUGCGUGGGUGCUUGGAACAGUUCACCCAGCGGCAAGAGCAUGCAGAGUAUGACUGCUGUGCUGUGUGUUUGUUGUCUCAUGGUGUUGAAGGAUCAAUCUAUGGCACUGACGGACAGCUGCUGGAGUUGGAGUGGUUAUUUGAGGUUUUUGAUAACGCCCGCUGCCCUCUGCUCCAGAACAAGCCAAAAAUGUUCUUCAUUCAGGCCUGUCGUGGAGAGGAGAUGGACAACGGCGUGGACCAGUUGGAUGGACAGGAACGUACUCAAUCCCCAGGCUGUGAACAGAGGGAUGCUGGGAGAGAGGAGGAGAGGCAGAACAAAGAGAGGGAGGAGAAAGACAGAGAGAGACUGAGAGUCAAACUGCCCCAGAGAUCCGAUAUGAUCUGCGGCUUUGCCUCCCUCAAAGGUUUCAGCACUGCUGCAAUGAGAAACACAAAGAAAGGGUCCUGGUUUGUUCAGGAACUAAAUACAGCCAUCAGACAGAGAGCCAACGACACACACAUGUCUGAUAUACUUGUGCAGGUGAACGGUCGGAUUAAAAGCAGGGAGGGAUAUGCUCCUGGUUCAGCACAUCAUCGCUGUAAGGAGAUGUCAGAGUUCACCAGCUCCCUCUGUAAAGAUCUCUACCUCUUCCCUAAGUACUACCCCAACAGCUAGACACAUACUCCACAGGCGCAAAGCACAUAGAAUACACUGCCCUCAGAACUGAUUAUAAUACCGUAGUGGAAGCUCAGCGAACACGUGUGUUAUGAUACAUCCAUCAUAAGCUCAGCACACAGACACAUAGUGAUGUAAAUAUAAUUAGACCCAUUCCAUGUUUCAUCUAUCACACAUUCCUCAGAACAAUUCAGAUUCGUUAGGACACUUGUGCACAAUAUUUACUGUGGGUUGGCAAAAAUAGAUAAUUUGCUGAUUUAAAAAAAUAUUUUUUUAAGCAACUGAUCCAGAUAUGUCUUUUCCCAUUUCCUUUAGUAAGGCAAAUGUCAUUUUGGAGGAUGUGUGAAAAAUGGUAUCAGUUUGUUUUCAUGAUUUUAAACUAGAUUUUAGGGUGAAUAGGCUGAAAUAAUUUUUUUAGUCCAAUAUUUUUUAAUCAUCUGGUGUGGAAAUGUUGCCAUACAAAUCACAACAUGUGCUUCCUUCAACCUGAUGCUUUACAAGUCAACUGAUUUUUAUCGACUUUCCUUUUUCGCAUAGAUUUAUUUUUGUCCAUUUGUUCUCAUUUUUAUUUGUACACUUUUAUCUCUGUUGUUCUUGUUCUAUUGGUACUGUAAUUGUGGACCCUUUACAACCUAAAGCCAAACUUUAAACUUCUCAAUGACACAUUAUUCAUACUAACAUUGUGCCAGUACCAUAGUGAAGACUUUUAUAACAUUUUACUUGUUGGAACAGAGAAAGCCAUUGCCUUUUCUACUGCUAAGAUCUGCCCUUACUUUAUUUAAAGUGUCCUAAAUGCACCUUUAUGUGCAUUAUAUCAACUCAAGUAAAUUUUAAAUUUAUGUUUUCUACAUCAGAUAAUUAAUUUACAUUAAUUAUCCUGUACGCACCAUGGCAGCUGUUUAUGACUAUAAUGCUUCCUGAUUCAAAGUGAAACUAUCUGCUCACAAUAGAUUUGAAAGCUAUUUAUCAAACCAUGAAUGCAUGAAUAUAUGUUGCACAUCAACAUAACAUAUUCCAUACUUUUACAAAUUUUUGUGUAAUUUCAAAACUUCCAAAUUCCAUUUGCAUUCCAAAUAGUUACCCCAAUUUUCCCAUGGGGAUAAGGGGGGUUUUCUCAAAGAGAAAUUUAUAUAUAUAUAUAUAAUAUAUAUAUAUAUUUUAGUUUUGUUAUGAUUUUUAUAUAUGCAGCCUUUUUUAUUUUAUUUUUUUAUUUUUUGCAGAUUUUCCUCCCUCUUAAACAUUUUGUUUUUACUUUUAAAAAGUCAGUGUGCCAAUGAAUGCAAAUUUAAUCCAGAUAUAUGCAGUGUCUUAAAACACCUGCAGGUGACGUUGCAGAGCUAAAGCACUUCAUCAACAAACCUUUUGCCAUUCAGAGGUCCCAACGUUUAGACACAGCCCUUCUGUUCUGCUCAUAAAACACUAUUCCUUCUAGGAAUGCAGACAAAAUUUUUGUUUGCUGUUUUUUCCCCUCUGUGUACGUAUGUCUUCUUAUGCUUUAGGCAUUUGUGGUAAAAGUCACAGCCUUUGAACAUUUGACUCUGGCGUGGCAUUCCUUGUUCUCGCUACUACAUUUCACACUCUUCACCUUUAGCUUAUGUUAUCACGCAGCACUAUGUAUUAUUUAUUUUUUUACGGUUUUAGCAGCCAAAAUGUUUAUUUACAUUGCUGAUUGUUAUGUUGAAAUCAAGCUAAUUUUGCUUUGUUGGGUUUUAUUUUUAUCUUUUAAUUAAUAAUCUUAUGUAACAUGGGAGAAAAAUACGGGCAUGAGUUGUUUUAAAAUUUUAGCUGAGACAAAAAUUAAGUUCUUGUAUAUCGGAAUAAGGGGCUGGUGGAGAUACAGAAAACUUCCAAAAAUGUACUUUCCUAAUGCAAACUCUGUGCCAUGAUAAUCUAGAAAUGAUUUGAAAGUAUUUAAACAAAUGACUAGUUAUUUGAUCUGAUGUGCUAUAAGGUAUUUUCAUUGAUCAUAUUUAUAAAAACAAAAAAUAAAAGUGGGAAUAGAAUAUAUAUUAACUUUAAAUGUAUACAUUUGAACCCUAAAGUAUUACAUAGGUUCUUGUUGUGGUAAUAGUAAAUUUGUUAUUUUUAUUUUUUUUAAAUCCCCUCUUAAAGUGUUAAAACACACAAUGGACAGAGGUAUAUGUUUAGCUGUGUUAUAUAGUGCAGUUUAGUCACAGCCAGCCUGACUGUACCAGAGUUGUUCCUGGUUAACUUAAUAUGAAAUGAAUUGUGGAGUUUAUUCACUGCUUAUUCAUUUUUCAUCUAACCAGCUAUAAAGGGUGCUUAAAUCAACUAUAGGGAAACUGUAAUUUUUGUAUUUUUGUAAUGCAAAAACUGCCAUGUAAUAAAUACUGUUCUAAAGAACUCUGUGUUAAUGCAGU